AUGCAGAAGAUCCCAUGGCUGUUUUCUUACAGUACCACCAUUUGUGGUAAUGUCUCCGACACCGACCGAUAUGAAGCUCGCGACAUCAUGGCAUUCAACGGAGUCCUUGAUGGGAAUGACGCCGUGUAUUCUCGCCGUAGGCGGGUAACCAUGCAGAGGGAAAGCCAGUGGGACCGUCUUCUGAUGCCAACCUCAGACAUGAAUGAAGAGGGCUUCGACGGAGACUCUCUGAAGUCUCAGCAGGCCAUUAUCAGUGACGAGAAGGGGGAGUUGAAGCUAUCUUGUGAUGUACCAGUCCCUGAAUUAGAGCCAGACAGGGUGAUGGUGAAGGUUAUAGCUGUGGCCAUCAACCCAGUAGACAUCAAAAUGCAAGGACGCAAUGCCACCACCGGCGCAGUUGCAGGGCAUGAUUUCGCAGGGACUGUGGUCGCCAUCGGGUCCGAGUCGUGGACAGCGGCCCCGAUUGCUGUUGGGGACCGGGUUUGCGGUGCUGUGGUGGGGAUGCAUUCUCUUACACCGAGAAUCGGCGCGUUCGCCGAAUACACUGCCGCCUUCGACAUACUUCUGUUGAAGAUACCUGACUACAUGGCAAUGGAGGAUGCUUCUUCACUAGGGAUAGGCAUUGGUACAGCAGGCCUAGCUCUUUUUCACGAUCUGCAGGUUCCUGGAUACCCUACUAAGCCUGCCAGCCAAGAGACAACGGUCUUGGUGUAUGGUGGUAGCACUUCAGGACUCAAGCCGAUUACAACCUGCUCUCCCGACAACUUCGAGCUGGUCAAGUUUUGCGGUGCAGCAGAAGCUUUUGACUACCGCGAGAAAGACUGCAUGCAGAAAAUCAAGGCAUACACCAAGAAUUCCUUGAAGUACGUUCUCGACUGUGUCUCAAUACCCGAGACUAUGGAGUUUUGUUACGCGUGCCUUGGGCGUACAGGAGGCAAGAUGACGGCACUCGAGCCUCCGCCUAGCUAUGUCCACAAACGGCCUGCAACAGUGAACCUCAGCUGGGUUCUUGGCCCAACGCUGCCUGGUAAGCCCAUCGGAUGGCCUCCGCCUAUGCAGAGGGCAGGUGACCCAUCCUUGCGUGAAUUCGCCAAGACCUGGUACAGCACUGUUCAGAAGUUACUGGACACCCGACUCCUGAGGACUCACCCAGUCAAAAUCACUGAAGACAUACAUCAAGUGCCUGAAGCGGUCGAGAGCUGA